AUGAUUUGGAUUUAUCAGACUUUUAAUUUCAUUUUCUUACUUGCUUCCGUUUACAGUGAGUGUGUGACUCAGAUCUAUGAAAAUACAUACUUCCAAGGAGGAGACCUCGCUACGGUUUUUACACCGAGUGCCAAUUACUGCCAAGUAGUGUGUACUUACCAUCCUACCUGUCUGCUCUUCACCUAUUUGCCAGAGGCAUGGACUAAAGAUCCUGCAAAAAGGUUUUCGUGCUACUUAAAAGACAGUGAUACAGAAAUGCUGCCGAAAGUGCAUAUGGAAGGAGCUAUCUCUGGACAUUCUUUAAAACAGUGUAACAUCCAAAUUAGUGCUUGCAACCCAGAUGUCCACAGAGGACUGGAUAUGGAAGGGAAAAUUUAUGAUGUUACUAUGGCUGACAGCUAUCAACAGUGUCAAAAAAGAUGUACCAAUGACAACCAUUGUCAGUUUUUUACAUAUGCCUCAGAAACAUUUCACAAUGCAAGUUUUUGUAGAAAAUGCUUCUUGAAAUAUACCAGUGUAGGAACUCCAACCAGCAUAAAGGUGCUUGAUGAGGUUGUGUCUGGAUUCUCUUUAAGGCCAUGCCAGCUUUCUGAAACAGAUUGUCAAAUGGACAUUUUUGAAGAUCAAGAAUUUUCAGGAAUAAACAUUACAAGUUUUUUCACUCCUGAUAUCUCUGUCUGCCAAACUAUUUGUACAUAUUUUCCAAAGUGCUUAUUCUUUACAUUCUUUACCAGGGAAUGGCAAAUAGAAUCCCAAAGAAAUCUUUGCCUUCUGAAGACAUCAACAAGUGGGAUACCAGAGGCACUUACAUCACGAGAAAAUGCUGUAUCAGGCUUUGGUCUCCUAAAUUGCAGAAGAUCUUUUCCUGCCUGCAAUUCUCGCACUUAUAUGCACAUGAAUUUUUUGGGAGAUGAGCUCAAUGUCACUUACACUAAAGGACACAGAGCCUGUCAGCAGGUUUGCACAGAUGUGAUCCGCUGCCAAUUUUUUACCUACUUUCCCCUCCAAGAUUCAUGCAAUGAGGAAAGAAAGUGUGAGUGUCACCUAAGAAUGUCCUCGAAUGGAUCUCCAGUAGAAAUAGUACAUGGGCCAGGAAGGAUCUCUGGAUACUCACUAAGAUUAUGCAAAAAAAAAAUAUGUAUGCAGCAUUCUGCAAGAACUAUUAGGAUCGUUGGAGGGACAGACUCUUCCCCUGGUGAAUGGCCGUGGCAAGUCAGCUUGCACGUGAAGUUGUCUCGUCAGAGACACCUCUGCGGGGGCUCUAUCAUCAGCAACCAGUGGAUUCUUACAGCUGCUCACUGUGUCAUGAGUCUUGAGAAUCCCAACAUUUGGCGUGUUUAUGCUGGUAUUUUAAAACAAUCAGAAAUAAAUGAGGAUACACCCUUCUUCAAAGUGGAAGAGAUUAUUGUUCACCCUCAGUAUAAAUACGCACAGACUGGAUAUGACAUUGCUUUAAUGAAACUUGAUAAGCCUAUGAAUUUUACUGAUCUUCAACUACCUAUUUGCCUGCCAUCGAAAGAAGACGCUAAUAUAUUUUAUACUGACUGUUGGGUAAUUGGAUGGGGUUACAGGAAAGAAAAAGGUCGUGUAGAAGAUAUCCUUCAGAAGGCUACUGUUCCCCUUAUGUCAAAAGAGGAAUGCCAGGCAAGGUAUCGGAAACGCAGAAUAGGUGACAAAGUGAUCUGUGCUGGCUAUGAUGAAGGUGGAAGGGAUGCUUGUAAGGGAGAUUCAGGAGGGCCGCUGUCAUGCAGGCACGAGGAGGUGUGGUAUCUGGUGGGCAUCACCAGCUGGGGCGAAGGCUGCGCUCGCCCCAGGCAGCCGGGUGUCUACACAAAAGUUGCUGAGUAUUCAGACUGGAUUCUAGAAAAAACUACAUAG